GUCAGGACACGGGGGCGUGGCCACCCCUAACGCUCCAGGUGUCUCGCGUGGGCUGGAGACCAGAACUGUUUGGACUGUAACUGUCCUCCGCUGACUGCAGGAGUCAGGGAGUCUGGUGACUGCUGUGGUCUAGCAUAAGGGCGGGACACAGAAGAAGGGGCGGGGCGUGGGCAAAGCCUGUCACCUGGCCAUGUGGCAUCCGCUGGGCCUGCUGCUGCUGCUGCUGCUCCCCUACGCCUUGGUGCCCCCCUCGUCCUCGGCCCCCAUCCACGACGGUGAAGCCCAGGAGAGCUCCUCAGAUUUCCUAGGCCUCCAGAGCCUCCUCCAAGGCUUCAGUCGACUUUUCCUGAAAGAUGACCUGCUGCGGAGUCUGGACAGCCUCCUCUCUGCCCCUUUGGACUUCUGGGGCCUCCCCAGAGACUUCCACCAACAGCAGGACCAGGAGCGCCAGCUGGGGAACAAGACCCUCUCCAGCCACCUCCAGAUUGACAAGGUGACGAACAACAAGACAGGAGAGGUGCUCAUCUCUGAGAAGAUGGUGGCCUCCAUGGAGCCAGAAGGAAGCCUGGAAGGUGACCAGAAGUUUCCCAAGGAGAAGGAAGCCCUGGUGUCCCCUGGAAAGGGCAUAGGUAGCUCCCAUCCGCAAGCCCACCGCCGAGUGGCCUUCUGGAUCAUUAAGGUGCCACAGAGGAAGUUCCAUCAGGAAGCUAAGGAGGUCGGCAACUGGCAAAGCGAGAAGAAACACCGCCUGCAGGCCAUCCGGGAGGGGCUCCGAGAGGGGGCCCAUGAUGGUGUCGUGGAAAGUGGGGCCCAGGACUUCCGCCCCAGGCUGCCUGCCCGCAAGACCCACUUCGUGUAUAUCUUCAGGCCCUCCCAGCAGCUGUAGAGGUGGGGCUGGAGGGCCCUGCACAACCCCUCCCCAGGUCCCACCCCCAGCACCAUAUGGAAAUAAAAGAGUUCUAACACCUAGUAAA